UAGAUUUCAAUGUCACGUUAUCAUACGUCACCGAGAUAGACAGAAUGUGGAGGGGAGAGGAGGGGAAUAAUGGCACGAGACAGUAGUACCUCGUGGAGAAGUGCAUGUGGCGGGUGGAAUGUUUUUGUGUUGUUUGUGUUUUAUUAUAGAAAGAGAAGAUAAUCAGUGCAUAGGAAAUGUCAACACUCUGACUGAAAGAAAUAAAACAAAGUCCAGGGAAAUUAUUGUGAACCGCUAUGCAGUCCAGCAGCGUGCAUAAAUUGCUCACUUGUUCCACAAACAAUUGCUCAGUUUCAAUGUCGCAGACGGAAUAUGGCAGAAAUUUUAACACCCGGGUGGCUGCAGCUAAUCGUGACGCAGGACCUACAACUUUUCCAGUGCAGAAUUCAGCCGGUGCAAGGAUUAAUAUGAAGACAUCAACGAAGAUCGCCCGAUAUUCGACCCAGGGAGUUCUGAAGAGGAGUUUCCCUUCUAAUCGACUCUGGCAAAAGCGAGUGGUUGGUGUCAACAGCGGGAAUGCAAGGCGGCUCCCUGGCUGCCAGGGGUAGCGUCACGAGCCGGGUAUCUCCCCGGACAUUCGGCGCGCUGGUCUGGCAUGUGGUGAAGCAGUGACCACCCACUGGCAGGAAGGCAAUGCACCCGGCGGUGAUCACACAGGGUGGACCAGGCCUAAGAUGGAGAGCGUGUUGCUGGCGCUCCUUCUGUCGGUGAUCGGGGGAACCGUGGCCAACCUUGAAGCGAAACGGCUAUACGACGACCUGCUGAGCAACUACAAUCGGCUCAUCCGACCCGUGGGCAACAACUCUGACCGCCUCACCGUCAAAAUGGGGCUUCGUCUAUCACAGCUCAUUGACGUGAAUCUGAAGAAUCAGAUAAUGACAACGAAUGUCUGGGUGGAACAGGAAUGGAACGACUAUAAGCUGAAAUGGAACCCGGAUGAUUAUGGCGGUGUUGACACACUGCAUGUCCCGUCAGAACACAUCUGGCUGCCCGACAUAGUGCUGUAUAACAAUGCCGACGGGAACUACGAGGUGACCAUCAUGACGAAGGCGAUACUCCAUCACACAGGGAAAGUGGUGUGGAAACCCCCUGCCAUCUAUAAGUCGUUCUGUGAGAUAGAUGUGGAGUACUUCCCAUUUGAUGAACAGACGUGCUUUAUGAAGUUCGGUUCCUGGACCUAUGACGGCUACCUGGUGGAUCUGCGUCAUAUUGCCCAGUCGCCUGACUCUGAUACCAUUGAUGUGGGGAUCGACCUCCAGGACUACUACUUGUCUGUAGAAUGGGACAUAAUGCGUGUGCCCGCAGUACGUAACGAGAAGUUCUACAGCUGCUGUGAGGAACCCUAUCUCGACAUCAGCUUCAACAUCACUCUCCGCAGGAAGACUCUGUUCUACACCGUUAACCUCAUCAUUCCAUGUGUCGGUAUAUCGUUCCUCUCAGUGCUGGUUUUCUACCUGCCGUCUGAUUCAGGAGAAAAAGUGUCCCUCUGCAUUUCCAUCCUCCUGUCACUCACAGUGUUCUUUCUGCUGCUCGCUGAAAUCAUUCCUCCGACCUCUCUGACCGUUCCUCUCCUAGGAAAGUAUCUUCUCUUCACCAUGGUACUCGUCACUCUUUCAGUAGUCGUCACCAUAGCCGUGCUCAACGUCAAUUUCCGGUCUCCGGUGACACAUCGCAUGAGACCCUGGGUACACCGUCUGUUCAUACAGUUACUCCCAAAGGUGUUAUUCAUAGAGAGACCGAAAUCAGAGGACUCGGUCGACGACGACGAAGACGAACUCAAACCACCAGAAGUUCUGACAGGGGUGUUCGAUGUACCCACUGACAUGAACAAAUAUGUGUUUAGCGGGAAUAGAUUUAGCUCGGACUACGAUAUUCCAGCCUUACCUCCACGUUUUGAUAUGGGUUCUUCGGGUGGUACACCUUGUUUCGGGGAACCUCCGCUGCCUCUUCCGGGAGCUGACGACGAUCUAUUUGGUCCUGGAACGGGAUGUGUGGCUGGUACAGCAGCGGCGGUUUGUGGCGCUCAUGAUCACAGCCCGACGACCUUCGACAAACCAUCGCACGAGAUGGAGAAAACCAUCGAGGACGCCAGGUUCAUAGCGCAGCACGUCAAGAAUAAAGACAAAUUCGAAAAUGUGGAAGAGGACUGGAAGUACAUGGCAAUGGUUCUGGAUCGUCUCUUCCUCUGGAUCUUUACCGUCGCCUGCGUCCUCGGCACGGCGCUCAUCAUCCUUCAGGCGCCUUCGCUAUACGACACGACGCGUCCAAUCGACAUUCAGUACUCCAAGGUCGCAAAGAAGAAGAUGAGAAUGAUGAUGAUGGGCCCAGAGGAGGACUGAAGUUUCCGAACAUUACGAUAUUGCCAUCUUCACAAUACACCAGAUUUCUUAUUAAAUAGUUGUUCAUCGGCGUUGCACCACCUGUUUAAAUUUUGCCCACAAAAUUGCGAUUUUUUUUUCUGAAUUUUUAAUUAUUUUUUUUAGUUUCAAUGAUUUAAUUGGUUGCUGAACGUGCAGAAAGCCGAACAUUAUUUUAAGCUUUGAAUGAUUUGAUACAAAUAGUCUCGACGUUUCAAAUUUAAUUUUAAACUAAAUUUAGAAAAUAACCUUACACCUUUUUUUAAGUUUGCAUCAAAUCAUGUUUCGUUUGCCUUAAGGUUGUGUACAGGCAUUUGAGAAAACUCGGGAUAUUCUGAAUGGAAUAUUGUCUUGUAAGUUCAAACACAGUCAGGGCCAGAAUCAGUGGAUUUCUCUCUUCGAAGUAAUGUCACCAUACUGGCGCUAAUCUAUCGUUAAUCUACAUUAAUGGCGCUUAUGAUAAGAUCGGACGAAACAUCUCUGCUAUCUUUCUUGUUAUCUUUGAUAUCUCAUAGAGUACAUUAAAAUUAUAAAUUUUUUUCAGAUUAGCGAAGAAAUUUUUUCCGUGUUGAGCCCAGUUAUUAUCAGGUAAGAACCCUGUAUAUUUUGUGCUCCUGAAUACGUCAUGAUGUGAUAUUUCCUUUUUGGAAAUACUGUACCUAGAAUUCGUAAUCACGUUUUUUUCUUGUACAAAUUCCAUAAUCGGCAAAAAUUCUCAGUCAUAUAAAAAGGCGCCUUGGUCGUAAAACGGAAAUGUAAAUAUUUAAAUAAGUAAUUCUAGUGUGCAGUUAAAGGGGUGUGUACAGUAUAAUUGUUACAUAUGAUAAUUUUAAAAAAAGUAUUAAAAAUAUUUGCCCCUCACUCAAAAAUCAUAAGUAAGAGAGCUAUUUAUCCUAAAUAGAAAGGUUUUAUGAAGGAGAAUGAACUAAUAUACUGUUCGUACUUCAACACAUUUGUUUUGCAA